AUGGAGACUUCUCUCUUUCCAACCUUUUCUUCUUUUCUUUCUCUUGUUGUUGCUAUCCAUUUUAUUCCUUUGGCAGCCUCAACUCCAUCAUACCUAAGUUUUCUUCAGUGCUUAUCCAAACAUUCAGAUCCAUCCGGCCACAUACUGUCAAGAGUGUACACCCCAAAUAAUUCCUCAUAUGAGUCUGUGCUACAACACUACAUCAGAAACAAAAGGUUCAAUAGAUCAACCACUCCAAAACCAGACAUUAUUUUCACUCCAUUACAAGAAUCCCACGUCCAGGUUGCUGUCAUUUGCUGCCGGAAAACUGGAAACUACCUAAAGAUCCGAAGUGGAGGGCAUGAUUAUGAAGGCAUUUCUUAUGUCUCCAACAUCAGUUUUGUUCUCCUUGACAUGUCUAACCUGCAUUCAAUUGAUGUCGAUAUCCAAAAUGAAACUGCUUGGGUCCAAGCUGGUGCAAUUCUGGGGGAACUUUAUUACAAAAUUUGGGAGAAAAGCAAAAUUCAUGCCUUCCCAGCUGGAGUUUGCCCAACAGUUGGCAUUGGUGGUCACAUAACAGGAGGAGGAUACGGUAACCUGUUAAGAAAAUAUGGACUGUCAGUUGAUAAUUUGAUUGAUGCACACAUAGUAGAUGUUCAUGGUAGAAUUCUUAACAGAGAAUCAAUGGGGGAAGACCUGUUUUGGGCGAUUAGAGGCGGGGGUGGUGCUAGCUUUGGAGUGAUAACAGCCUACAAAAUUAGGCUGGUAAAAGUUCCUGAUGUUGUCACUGUUUUCCGAGUAGUGAGGACCCUUGAAAAAAAUGCAGUUGACAUCGUUUACAGGUGGCAAUUCAUUGCAAAUAAAAUAGAUAACAAUCUCUUUAUAAGGUUAACUCUAAAACCUAUCGGUGACAAGCAAAAAGGAACUAAGACAAUUGAAGCAACAUUUGUAGCAUUAUUUCUUGGAGAUUCCAGAAAACUUCUAUCGGUCAUGGAUAGGGAUUUCCCUCAAUUGGGUUUACAUAUCGAGGAUUGCAGGGAGAUGAGUUGGAUAGAAUCUGAGCUUUUCUGGGCAAGUUUCCCUAAUGGAACACCGCCUGAAGCUUUGCUCAACCGAAUGCCUGGAGCGAAGUUUCUGAAGCGGAAGUCGGACUAUUUGCAGAAAACUAUUCCCAAGGAUAAGUUGAAAUACAUAUUCAAUAGAAUGAUCGAAUUAGGAGACACAGAGUUAGUAUUCAAUGCAUAUGGUGGAAGGAUGAAUGAGAUCCCAGAAUGGGAAACUCCAUUUCCCCACAGAGCAGGAAAUAUAUUUAAAAUCCAGUAUGCGGCAAAUUGGGGGAAAGAAGGAAAGGAAGCAGAGAACUUCUAUUUGAACCAGACCAAAGUAUUGUACAACUACAUGACUCCUUUUGUGUCAAAAUCCCCCAGAUGCGCAUUUUUAAAUUAUAGAGACCUUGACAUAGGGGUUAAUCAUAAUGGAAAUAACCGCUACAUUGAAGGUCGUGUUUAUGGACUGAAGUAUUUCAAGGAUAAUUUUGAUAAAUUGGUCAAAGUCAAGACUUUGGUUGAUCCAGAUAACUUCUUCUGGAAUGAACAGAGCAUCCCUCCUUUAGCAGCGUAG